CCACUUUUCUUAACAUUUCUUAGAUUAUUUAUUAUCAAAUAUUUACUUCAGUUUCAGCGGAUACUAAAAAUACCGUCUAAUCAGGGAAGCAAAAAUAAAACCACGGUAAAAUGCGUUUUACAUGAGAAUCAGAAGAGGUUCGAUUAAUUAUAAGAAUAAUGCAUGCAGAAUUUUUAUUAUUAACACAGUAGGAAAUCAUACGAUUCGAUUAUGUUAAUAUUAAGUAAUAUAAAAUAAAAUGAGAAGCAAUUUAAUAAUUCAUGAAGAAUAUUUUUUUUAAAUAAGUGGAGGUAACUGUCGAUGGUGCGUCACGUUCGAUGAAGUCUUAGAGGUAUAUGAAACCGAUUAAUAUUUCGUAAAAGAAAGAAAGAAGACAAUGUAAACCACGAUUCUGUGCUAAAUAAUUAAUCUGGUACAAUAAUCAAUAUGAGAUCUAAUAAAUGUGUAAAUCUACAAAUUUGUGCUAAUCGUACGACGUGGACUCGUACUCUAAUGUGAUAAGAUAAAGCAAUCAAAUGAUCCAGCACUUUUAUCGUCGCGGUUUUAUUUUAUAUCAAAUUCUUUGAUAUUCCUACAUCAUAAAUGAGAGUGUUCCGAUUUAUGUUAACGUUCUUCGUUUCCGUACGGUGAAGCCAGGUGGCACCACUUGCUGAUGAUACUUCUACCAACUUCCACGUAAAAGAUGGCGGACUGCAAGGAGAACAAGGAAGACGCGAACAGGCCAUGGUAUUUAAAGGUAGACCCACCGCGGGAAUCGUCUGGAGAAUCUCCUGAAAAUUCUACAAGUGAAAGUAUGGAACAGCCCGAGACAACGGAAGACAGCAAAGAGUCUCAGGAAACGCCGUCGAGCUCUAGCAAGCCGAUAUUAGCAGCGUCGAAAUUCGCGACUUCGUUCGGUGGUAAUGACUUCUCGAAAUCAUUGACGAAGAAGAGGAGAUCGUCGAUACUAUGGCCGUCUCAAUUAGGCACAGUGACCAACAGCCAGCCGACGACGAAAUCUUAUUUGCAACCAGCCAAGUUUCAAAACCCUUUUACAAAACUUGCUGAUCCAACGACAGAUGAGAAGAAUGAUUCGACGAAGGAGAACAGUAAAACAGAAGAGAAGGAAGAGAAGGUCGAAGACAAGGUUGAAAAGGAGGACAAGAAUGAAAUGGAAGAAGUAAAGGAGGAAGUAAAAGAAGAGAAGUCGGAAGUGAAAGAAGAGGAGAGCGAUGAGAAAACUGAAACGAAAGAAGAGAAGAGCGAGGAAAAAGAAACUGCAGAAGCCAAGGAAACCAAGAGCGAAGAGAAGCCUGUGGAAGAGGUGAAGCCGACUUUCCUGAUGCUGGGCGCGACUACGAAGGACACUGUGAAUAGUACCGUGGCACCUUGCACCUCGGAGCCAAACUUCGUGUUCGGUCAGAACCUCCAGGAACGGGUUAUGAUCGCGAACGACGCGGAGAGUUCGGAGAAAUCGGAAACCGAGGAAAAGAAGGAGGAAAAGAAAGAGGAAAAUUCGAACGAGAACGGCUCCACGGAGCUUCUGUUCUCCGCGGCUUCAGCGGCGUGUCGUACUACCUCCAAACCGAGUCUGUCGCUGACGGAAGCAGCUCAGGAAUUGGAGGAAGCGAACCGGGCUAACAAGAGGAAGUACAGUCAAAUAACGCCGUUGACGGGCGAAGAGGGAGAGACGAACGUUUUACAGAUUAACUGCAAAUUCUUCGCAUUCGACAAGGCCAGCGGCAGUUGGCAGGAGCGGGGCAGGGGGACGUUGAGACUGAAUGACCGGGACGAAGAGUCUCGUCUCGUCGGGCGCACGGCUGGCACUCAGAGAUUGAUCCUCAACACGAAAGUGUGGCCUGGAAUGACCGCGGAGAGGGCCGCGCUGAAAUCGUUGAGGCUGACCGCGAUGGACGUGGUAGGUAGCAUCAGAAUCUUCACCGUCCAAGCCGCGCCGAAAGAGGUGGAGCAGCUGCACAAUCUGCUGCAGCAACGACUGAAACGGGCGCAAGAGCGCCAGCCUAAGAAACUAGCGACCGAUCACUGAUGAUCGAUCAAUCGUCGCGAGUCGUUCGUUCGUUCGCCAGAACGUUGCCCCGAGCUCGGGCGCUGAGGUUGACACGUGAGAACAAGCUCGAAGUCAGGCCCUAUCACUUCUUCAUUUUUAGAGUAAUAGCGCGAUGUAGAGCUGCUAAAAGCAAUUCCGCGCUUCUCCAUCGUAAGAACGGAAGUCAAAGUCCUUGAUGUUUGCAGGCGGAUAAAAAAAAAAAUAAUCAUAAACAGCAGACACGAAGCGAAAGAAGUUAAGUGAAUUCAGAAUAAUAAAAUGUUAUAAUCAUUCCCGAACGAUAAUUCUGUUAUACGGGGGAGAUUCUUUAAUUUUUUUUUUUCUUCUCUUUGUUCAAACGAAACAGGAGAGUCCAAGGGGGAAAGCAUUAGUUAGACAUUUUUUAUAACGGCAUAAUAAAUGUACACGAACACACAGAGACACGGUCGGUCAUGAAACUACCUAAACAACUAAUCGAAUUUUACUUUUCUAACACCCAUCGAUCAGUCUCGAGUCUUUUCUUAAUCAAUCACCUUACCGACUUUUAUCUUAGCAACAUUCGUAUCGAGUACAAUUUUAUUCCCUGUCACAUAUAUAAAUAUAUAAAUAUUAUAUAAAUAGAGAUGAUUAUAAAUAUAUAAAUAAUGUAAUUUGUAAGAACGAUAAUCCUAGUUUCGUGAUUUAACGCGACCCGUCGACGAGGAGAGGCGGUCAAUCGAAUCUGUUCCGUAUUGGGCAGGCCGCAUAAUUAACCCAGCGCGAGCACAAACCACGCGAACACGAUCUUGUAACUACUUGUAUUUUAAUUUUCCAUUUGUAUAUAGCAGCCGUGAAGCCCGUUUCCUCGUCGUAUCUUUGUGUGUCUUACCUUGAUAAGGCUGUGUUCGGGGCGGCAUCUCUACAAUUUCUUGUCUUAGCGAUAUUUACGAGGAUCGAGAAACGACGCGCAUUAACAGAAGUGCAAGUCUAUUUACUUAAAAGAGAAUAAACAAGAAAAACGCUUUUCGCAUCACCGAUAAAUUACCGUUUCUUUGUACUCGAAGAAUCACACUGUACACAUCGUUACAAGAAAUACAAAACUCUGUAUAAAACACA